AUGAAGGCCUCGGGCACACUGCGAGAGUACGAGGUGGUGGGGUGCUGCCUGCCCACCCCUAAGUGCUGCACACCACCCCUCUGCCGCACGCUCAUCUUUGCACCUAACCAUGUCAUUGCCAAGUCCCGCUUCUGGUACUUUGUGUCUCAGCUGAAGAAGAUGAAAAAAUCUUCAGGGGAAAUUGUCUACUGUGGGAAUGUGUUUGAAAAAUCUCCCCUUCGGGUGAACAACUUUGGUAUCUGGCUGCACUACCCCCGCAGUAGGACCUGCAAUAUGUACCUAGAGUAUCGGGACCUGACCAACUCAGGCACCAUCACCCAGGGCUACCAAGACAUGGGGGCCCGGCACUGUGCCUGUGCUAACUCCAUCCAGAUCAUGAUGGUGGAGGAGAUUGCAGCCAGCAAGUGCCGCCAGCCAUCAGUCAAGCACUUCCCGGACUCCAAGAUCAAGUUCCCACUGUUCCACUGCGUUCUCCUUCAUUGCCAGCACAAGCCAUGCUUCACCACCAAUUGGCCCAACACCUUCUUUUAG